GUCACUGCAGCGCGCUAACACACACACACCUGGAGUAUCAGAUGGCUGUUUUUAUACGAGCACCACUUCUUGCUGCUCUCGUGUUCGUGACCUGCGUUUUUAUAUAUUACUACACAUUUUCUGUUGAGUUCUCGAGCCAUAUUGUUUCUAACAGAGACUGUCCUUCAAAAACAAAGAGGUUGCCACCCCCUCUUCCACCGAGUCAUCUUCCCUCCCCUGGUCCAUGCACCUGUGCCAACGGUUCAAUGCUUCUCAAAAACUUGGUGCCUAAGAAUCAGGCGGUGGAGCUGAUAAAACGCAGAGAGAAGGAGUUCCAACAACACAAAGCCAGGACUGAGUCUGUGUUAUCCACACGGCUGUAUGCUCCGUCUAACUCUCCCCUGCAGUACCCUAUCCAGGGUUUCAAAGUACGACCUAUGACCCCCACCUUCAUCCCAGGUCUAGCAGUGCAUGCAGAACAAAGAAAAAACUACACGGUGUCCUUGAAAGUGUCCAAAGGAGUCCUGAGUACAACUAUUCCAGCUGCACGAGCAAAGGUCCAAGGUAAUGGUGAGAGCCGACUGAUGGUGGAGUCCAGCAGCCUGGAGACCCUCAAUGAGCUGCUGGCUAAUGUGUCCUAUACCAGCACUGUUUAUCACAUACACACCGGAGACCUCGCAUCCUUCCAGUUUGAGGACCAUGAAGCUGUGUUUCCCAUUACCAUCAAACAGCCUCAACCUCCAGUCCUGUACGACAUGGGAACAGAUAUCAACUCUCAAGUCACUAUCACCACUAAGACGUUCCUGCGCUACCCACAACUCAAGGUGUUGUUGAAAAGCAUCCGGCAGUUUUACAAAGACAUAGAAGUCAUCAUCGCAGAUGACAGCUUUGUAACAGAGAACAUUACUGGAGAUCACAUCCAACAUUACAUCAUGCCUCCAGGAAAGGGCUGGUUUGCUGGCAGGAAUCUGGCAGUUUCCCAGGUCACCACCAAGUACAUCCUGUGGGUAGACGAUGACUUCCUGUUUACCAAGUGGACGAAAAUCGAAGAGAUGGUGAAGGUGAUGGAGGCGGUCCCAGAACUGGACGUGCUCGGCGGUAAAGUAGGAAAAGACCAGUUUUAUUCCUCUCUCAUCUAUGAGGAAGGAGACGAAAUGGAAGGUGGCUGCAUGUACAGGAAGUCCAGAGGGAAGUUCCACUCUCUUCCUGGUUACCCAGAAUGCUCAUUGGUCAGUGGGGUGGUCAACUUCUUCCUGGCUCGUACAGAUGCCGUACAGAGGGUGAGAUUCGACCCUAAGCUCAAGAGGGUAGCACACUCAGAGUUCUUCAUGGAUGGCCUGGGCUCCUUGAUGGUGGCAACAUGUGGCCAUGUGGCCAUUGGACAUCAGAAAAGACGUAAACAGAAGGGCUACAUGAGGUUCAGACAACCUGCAAAGAGUGAUACAAUCUCAAAGCUGCAGCUCCACUUCUUUAAAAACCACCUGAAAUGUAUCCGCUAUGGAUAGAAGACCACUAUUUAUUAUCAAGGAUUUUCGCGGACCACCUCAUAUGCAAACCGUAAAAAUAAGUACAUAUAUAAAUGUAGUGUUAAAACGCAGAUAUUUGUUAUAGUUAAUCAUAGACAAUCAAAAGUAAAUUGAAGCCUAUCUGAUACUUUUGUCGCACGUGUGACCGGUGUCUGUCUGCGUUGUGUAUGUUUCUCAAAGAGCACGGCGGACAACUUCUUUCUUUCUUUUGGUCCUUGACCAUAUAUUCAAAUCUGUAGCAUACAAUCAUAGAACACAACAGCUGCAUCAGCGAACAUGAACUGCAGCUCCAGCUCUUUCAACAUCCGAUAUUGCAGGAAAGAGACGCACAACAUCACGUUUACAAUAUCAAAGGAUUUGCGUAAAAAAAAAUGUUUUCGGGGUUCGGGUGUUUAGUUA